CGCGUAUGCUUAUACCUACCCCGCCUCUCUCCAGCUGAUGCCCGCGCCCUGUCAAUCUCUAUCCCGGCAGAGAGAGAGAGGACGGGGGGAAACCGAACCAGAGCGGGUCCGCGGGGGGAAGAGGCGCAUGAAAACAUCCAUGGGUGGCUGUGUGGGCAGUCAUCAUGAUUCUUCAGGCAGUUUAAACGAAAACUCGGACGGAACCGGAGUUGCACUGGGGCGAAACCAGCCCCUGAAGAGAGAGAAGCCCAAAUGGAAGAGCGACUACCCAAUGACCGAUGGCCAGCUGCGCAGCAAGCGUGAUGAAUUCUGGGAUACGGCACCGGCUUUUGAAGGCCGCAAGGAAAUCUGGGAUGCACUUAAGGCGGCUGCCCAGGCCUUUGAGAGCAAUGACCACGAACUUGCUCAAGCCAUCAUUGAUGGCGCCAGCAUAACGUUACCACACGGCGCUCUGACUGAAUGCUAUGAUGAGCUGGGGAACCGCUAUCAGCUGCCCGUCUACUGCCUCUCCCCUCCCGUCAACAUGAUCGAGGAAAAGAGCGAGUCGGAGACCAUUGAGGUCCCAGAAGCUCCAGCUAGCGAGGGCCAGGAGUGCCAGUUGCGUCUCCGUCUUUCCACGGGCCGCGAUCUACGCCUAGCUGUCCGCACCAGCGACAACGUUCAGCAGAUGAAGCGCCGUCUGCAGACCCAGGAAGGUGUGGCGGCCACCAGCCAGCGUUGGUUCUUCUCAGGCCGACCGCUCACCGACAAGAUGAAGCUGGAAGAACUGAAGAUCUCCAGAGACUAUGUUGUCCAAGUGAUCGUCAGCCAGCCUCCCACAACCCCACCACUGCCGCAGAACCCCACGCCUGUGGAAAACUAAUGCCUCAUUGGGGAUUUUAACCGGCACACCAAGUGUGUAUGUGAGAGGACAUCACUAAUGGUGAGCGUGGGCUGCAAGAUCUUUUAGAAGAUUUCUUCGAUUCGGGAUUGGCCGUUUGAGUCUAGAGUGAACGUCUCUAGAGGCUUCUCCCUUUAAAUAACACACUGCCUUUGACUUACAGCUCUUCUAAGGGAGUUGAGCUUCAGAUUUUCUGGUUAAAAGUCUCAGGUCUAGAAAACGGAAGCCCUGAAUUGACCAAUAGACGUCCAAUGAGUAUGGUUUUGGCAAGGGAAACUUAAUAAUGCUUUGUUAUCUUUCAAGAUUAUGGAGUUAUACUCUUCAUAUUCUGUUCUUUUUUCUUGUUACCAGAGCAUAUGUCUGCAAGGCAGACCAGAAGUGUGGACCUACCUGUGUCUGUCAGAACUUUAAAUUCUGAAACGGAGACACUUGGGGCCAAUUGGACUUUAUAAACCGCUAUUGGCUUUCAGCAACAGGAGAAUCACUUGUUGGACUCUUUUCUUAAUUUUUGUUUUUAUUAGAAACUCUGUAACCAAAAAUAUAUAAAGAUUUUUAAGAAGAGGAGGCCUGUUACAUGUUGCAAAAAACAAUGAUAAUUUUUUCCCCACUAUAUUUGACCCUUGUUCUUCAUCAGAUAACCUUUCGACUACAUAAAUUCUAUAAACAGCAUUCGUUUAUUUUUUUUGUUUCAAAAGGGGGGACAUUUUUCAGUCAAAUACACUAGUAGAUCAGCUGCUUGACAUUUGCGUCAUUUUGGAACAUGUGCUUUUACUUGUUGGCGGUCGUCAUAUUUUGCAGAUAGCUUUGUUCAGAGAGAUAUUCCGAUCGAUAUCCUUCACCAAGCAUAUUUGACUUUCUCACUCCCUGUCAAACUGUCUGCACAGAAGUGUGACAUUGGUAUGGAGAGAAGAUUUCAGUCAUUACCUGCGCAACCGUUCGAAUUCCUAGUAAUUCGAGGUGCUUUUAAGAAUUUAUUCAGCUCUGCAAGGUUUUCAUGGCGCUACGCUUUGCCUCACGCAUCCCGAGGAUAUAUAAGGGUGAGAAGGGGGUAAUCAUGUAAUAAGAGUGUGUAUACGUGUGAAUGGGGAAGCUAUGAGCAAGUGAUUUAAUAGGAGAAGAAAUCGGUAUGGCUGCAUAUUUCUUCGCCAGGAAAGGUGGGGUUGGAACAAAUAUGGCUGGGGAGGGCACGAAUGUAGCUCUGAAUGUAGCUGAAAGAAGACAUUCUCACAAAGUACUCUGUAUACAUGUUUUCUUUUAUUAUUUUAUGUUUUGGCCUUUAUGUUGAGAGGGAUAGUAGGACAGGAAAUGGGAAAUGACGGGAGUCAGACUCAAAUGAGCUGCACAGCUCAAUAUGUCGUAGCACGUGUGCUAACCGCUAGCACAGAACUCUUAAGUGUUUUUAAAUGGAUUCAAGACUUUGUCCUGAUGAAAGAGAAUUUCAAAACAGUUGCAUAUUUUAAUGAUAAAGAAUGCGUUUUUAAUUAAAAGAUGAUGAAACAUUUGUACACCUCA